CCAUCCACCAUAUCCACUGUAAACCCACAUAUAUAGAUGGCAAGUAAUAUACUGUUAGCAACACUUAUCGCCACUCUACUUAUUCAUGUAUUAACAAAAGCAUCUACCUGCAUGUUUCAGAUGAUUACUUAUCGAGCGCAUUCAUUCAUUCACACCGCCUCGGCUCUCUUCCAGCACCGUCUCAACUAUCUACAUACACCACUUUCUGAAGAUAAUAUUCAUCCAAAAAAAAAAAAAAAAAAAAAAAAAAACAAUAAUCCAUCACCUCACACUACCAAAUAUAUUCUAUCCGUGUAAAAGAAUCCCUGCCAAGCACACCAAGCCCCCCAAAUCAUGGAUAUAUGAA